AUGAAUUGUGCUAGCCAUAGUGGGAGGACUAGCUCGAGCCCUUCUGGGUAUAGAGCUCGAGCCACAGUUCGACGAGCCCUACCUCUCAUCCUCACUCCAAGACUUCUGGGGAAGAAGAUGGAACAUUAUGGUGACCCGAAUCUUACACCCGACCGUAUACCUGCCUGUGCUCCAAACAUCAGCACGGCUCACAUGUUUCUUUCUGCUCCAUGGUGUGUGUUUGAUGGUGGAGUUGGUGAUCAAGAAGGCAGUUUCCGGCAGGUGGCGGUUGCCGCUGAUCAUCACAGGGCCGUGUAUUAUCGGGUUCGUGAUGGUUACCGCCUUUUGGCUGUUUUUCCCUCAAUUUUUGAGGUGUAA